AUGAGUUUUUACGAUGUAAAUAAUUUCGAAAAUCCUCGUUUAAUAGGAGAAUUUAAUCUUAACAAUGCAUAAAACGAUUGUGAUGAUAUUACUAGUGAUUCUUCAGAAAACUUUUUGGGUUGUGCAAAUGGCUUUUAUGGAUUUUAUAUAAUCGAUAUAAGUAAUCUUAAUGAUAUAAAGAUUUAUGCAUAAUAUGAUGAGAUUUUUUAAUAAAAUGGAGUUGAAAGUAUAAUUUUUGAUGAUGAAUUGUCCUUUGGAUUUUAUGCAGUUAGAGAAACCGGAGUCGGCUAUUUUGAAAUAGAGAAACAAAAUAUUUAUAUUGGAGAAAAAGUUAGUUUGCUAUUUAUACCUUUAUAUAGUCUAAAUGAUGUUAAGUUUGCUGAAGUUUAUUAUUAUGAUAAUUACUAAAGACAAAAAUUGCCAAAUUGGGGAGAAUUCAUAUAAUCAUAAUCAAAAUUAAACUUAAAAAUUGAUAAGUCAAUUCUCAAUUAAAACAAAUAAAAGCCUAAUAUUGAAAGGCAUGAAAUUGAUAGAAACUCUUUACAUAUAGUGGAUAAGAAUCUAAUCUCAUAAAAUAUUUUUUAAUGA